AUGCGAAUUAAAAGCCUAAUUUUAGAAAAUGCUGCUUUGUGUGAUGAAGUGGCAAAGGUUCAAGAAAGUAUUUCAAUAGUAAAAGAUGAGAGACGCUUUUUACUUCAUAAACUUUUGGAAUAUGAGAAUUACUCUGAACAGUCUUAUUAUAGAAAUGAGAAUCUAAUUACUUCAAAUGGGUCUAGACAAAAAAUAAAGAAAAGACAAAGCUUUGAUGACUCUAGAUAA